CCGCGUUAAUUCGCAGAUUCGGAACAUAUUUAUGAUUUUCACCAAUCUAGGAAUAUUAAUUAAGGAAAGCAUAAUAUAAUAUCUAAUGUGCAUACAUCGUUAAUAAUAAUAUAUGGGAAUUUUCCACUCGUGCCAGUCAACGUCAUCAUUGUCAUCAGCAAUCACCACGGCGAAGCUGAUUCUCCAAGACGGAGAACUCCGAGAGUUUUCGAGGCCAAUCAAGGUCUCUCAAGUGCUACAGAACGUUGACAACUCUGCCAACUUCAUAUGCGAUUCAGACGACAUUGACUUUGGGCAGUUUGUUUCAGCCAUUAAUGAAGAUGAAGAGCUUCAGCUAGGUCAGCUAUACUUUGUGUUGCCCUCCACCUGUUUGAAUCGACCCUUUCAGUCCGAGGAUAUGGCGGCUUUAGCCAUUAAGGCAAGCGCAGCGUUCAGAAGAACUAGAGGCCACAGAAGCGGAUCUGGGAGUUGUUGUGCAAGUAAAGGGGUGGAGACUUUGGAGUUUGCUAUCAAGAAAGAUGUGAAUAUGUAUCGGGGAAUAUUGGCGCCGGCGGCUACGGUUGGAGCCUGCAGUGAUAGUGGGAGGGAAUCUGUGAGACGAAGAAGAGAAGGUGGUGGUGGUGAUGGUGGUAAUAAUACUAGUAAUAGGGUUGGACGACCACGUUUUGUAACCAAAUUAAAUGUUAUUGUUGAAGAGAUCUCUAAUGAUUGAAAAAUUGGAUUGAUGGCAAAAUAUUUUCAUCAAGAAGUUGAAUGUAUGUACUAUGUAAAACGAUUUUUUCCAGUAACCAUGUAAAGAAAGAAAAAGAUAUCUUUCUCUUAU